CCUCGACCGUGUAGCACAAACUCGCGAUCGUAUACGCCAAGUCGAAUCGCGUUUUCCGCCAGUUCCAAACCGUUCGUUAAACUAGCCCAGUCUAUUCUUACGUAAUCUCCACGAAUUAAGUUAUUGAAUCAUUAUUUGGUCGAUUGAAUAUUUCGAAAUGAAAUAAAAUUGGCGAUUAUCACGGGCUCGGUAAAUUCGAAAUCGAAAUUCUGUUUGCUGACCGAGUUUUACCGAAGUUGGUAAUAGCACGUGGUCCAUAUUUCGAUUCAGAUCUCGGUUAAUUCCUUCUUCAGUUUAGUUUCGUUUUCGGUAGUGAACGGCCGGUGGAUAAUUCGUGUGAAUGUGAUUGUGCACCCUUCGAAUGGGUUUUUCAUGUUAUGGAUUUUUUAUAUUACGUUUUGGGGUUGUUUAAAGAGAAUUUAUAUUGUUAUGAUGGACUGUUGGAUGCAAGACGUGGUAUCUAUGAUGACUGACAAUCUGGACGGGGAAGUUUCGACCGGUUGCGUCCCCCAAAUAAAAAAAGAAUUAGAGGGAUUCCAGGAUUGUUCGCCGUCACAUAGCGAUAUGUAUUCACCCACUACGACGACGACGACCGUUUUGAAUGAUGGUAGCAUCAAGUCUUCGAAUAGCGAGGUAGAUUUUCACGAAAAAAAUUACGAGAGGAAUAUCAGGUCUCCUAGUAGCCCAGAAAGGCAGUACUGUUCGUCAACUACUCAACCACAUACAGAUUCAGGGAUAGGACAUAUAGAAGGCGAAAUUAAAGAAGAGGACUCCCCUAGACGAUUAUGUCUGGUUUGCGGAGACGUAGCAUCGGGAUUUCAUUACGGAGUCGCUUCCUGCGAAGCCUGCAAAGCGUUUUUCAAAAGGACGAUACAAGGUAACAUUGAAUACACGUGUCCUGCAUCUGGCGAAUGUGAAAUCAACAAACGUAGAAGGAAAGCGUGCCAAGCUUGUAGAUUUCGAAAAUGCCUUCGAUCCGGUAUGUUAAAGGAGGGCGUUAGAUUAGAUAGAGUCAGAGGCGGUCGACAAAAAUACAGAAGAAAUCCAGAUAGUCCGUAUCAAGUACAAGUGGUGACCGCUCAAAGACCUCUACUUCUUCUAGAGGAUAUUAAGAUGCUCGAAGCCCUAUCUGGUUGCGAACCGGACUGUUUCGAAAUAAAUAAAGCCCUGGAUAAUUCCAAACAACGCACCCUUUCCAUUUUGAGCGAUUUGUACGAUAGGGAAUUGGUAGGGAUCAUCGGUUGGGCCAAACAGAUACCUGGUUUUACGGAUCUGUCGUUAAACGAUCAAAUGCGAUUAUUACAAAGCACUUGGGCCGAAAUUUUGACUUUAACUUUGGCUUUUCGCAGUUUACCAUCGAUUAAUUUGGGAAGGUUGCAAUUCGCCAUCGAUUUCAGUCUCGAUGAAAAAACUUCGAGGGAAAGCGGAUCUUUAGAACUAUAUCAAACUUGUUGGCACGUCGUCGAAAGGUUAGACAAACUAUCCAUUUUGAAAGAAGAAUAUUAUCUUUUAAAAGCUUUGGUAUUAACGAAUUCGGAUGUGAAAUUGGACGAAUAUCAAUCGCUUAAAAAAUUUAGGGAAACGAUUCUGACCGCUCUAUCGGAUACGGUUGGCGUAUUGAGGCCUACGGCUGUCCUUAGUCAAGUCCAGCAGCUCCUGUUGUGUCUGCCUGUUUUAAGGCAGGCGAAUUACGUUAUCCGGAGGUUUUGGUCGGACGUACAUCAAAGAGAAUUAGUACCAAUGAAUAAAUUAUUUUUGGAAAUGUUGGAAGCAUAUUGUCGGUAGCCUCGUUGAUAAACAUGAUGAUGGAAUUCGACGUUUCGAUCGGUGAAAAUUAUCUGCCAUUUAGAUGAUACUAUCUCAGGGUCGAAGAGAAAAAUUUAUUUUUUAAAACGUUGGAAUUCAUAUUUUUUUCAUGUUGUCACCUUGUAUUUACUACAGGAAAAUUUGUAGUAAAAUAUUAUUGAAAAAAAUAACUAGAUUGGGGUGAAUUACGAAAGAAUGAUUGUAUAAAAUAUUUUAUUAUAUUAAUCGAUUGGAUAAUAAAUAAUAAACUAUCCGAACUAAUCCUUCAUCGGAAAUUAUUUUCAUUAUAAUAUUUUUGUGUAAUCCGUACAUAUCAGGAUUAGAUAAAAUAAUAAACAAAGUUUUAUCCUUUUAGAAUCCUUUCAAGAUUUUUUUACUAAUAUAUGAAUAUUAUAUCAGUAUAUACAGUUUGAGGUAUCACAUACACUGUGACCCAAAGAAUUAUUUUCACCUGCAGCUCUAGGGAGGAUAUCCGGUGUUUUUUAUCGAUUCUUCACCCCCAGGUGUAAAUUCUCGUACUAAAACAGAACAACAAUAGAUAUUACAUCCUCCCUGUAGCAAAAUCUGCAUUUUUAUCUUUUUCUAAACCUAAUGUCCAUCGAGUAAAGUUUCGAAAAGAUUCUUAUUGAUUAUUAUUCUUAUUAAGGUUGAAAGUUUUUUAUAAAUCUUUUAUUAUAUCUUUCUAGGAGUAUAUUUCCUCGCCUUAACUCCUAUAUAUACUUUCUUCAUUUGCUACGAAGGGGUUAAUUAGAGCUUUAAUGGCUGCUUGUUAUCAGAUAAAUUGAAUUUCUUGUUGUUGUUAGAUCGUUUUUACUACUAGAAAUAAUUUUUUGAUGUGACAUCCUGGUUAUUUCAAUUAUUGAAUAACUUCUACAGGAUUUUCCAUCUUUAUGGCACAAUGCAGCUUCUACCAUCUUCGUUUGACUUCAUUAUAUUCUAUAAUUUUGUGUAUUCACCCGUAUCUUUGUAACUUGUUGAAUUUAGUCACAUUCAGUUGUUUCAAAAUUAUUUUAGGAGAUGUACCGAUGUUGUUGAAUCGUUUUUACUUCUAGAAAUAAUAUUUUGAAGUGACAUCCUGGUUAUUUCAAUUAUUGAAGAACUUCUACAGGAUUUUCCAUCUUUAUGGAACAAUACAAUUUCUAGUAUCUUUGUUUGACUUCAUUAUGUUCUAUAUUUUUGUAUAUCCACCCGUAUAUUUGUAACUUGUUGAAUUAAGUCACAUUCUGUUGUUUCAAAAUUAUUUUAGGGGAUGUUCCGUCGUUAGAUCAUUUUUACUGCCCGAAAUAAUUUUUUUGAAAUGACAUCCUGGUUAUUUCAAUUAUUGAAGAACUUCUACAGGAUUUUCCAUCUUUAUGGCACAAUACAACUUCUAGUAUCUUCGAUUGACUUCAUUAUGAUCUUGGACCAUAUGGAUAUCUGAGAAUUCUUUAGUAAAUUACUCAAUAUUUUUCAAUCACCAUGUAUGUUCUUCUUUUCUAUAAUAUAAAUUCUUGUUACUGAUCCUUUGACAUUUUUUUCCCAUUUAAUUGAUGUCAAGUUAAAAUUCAAUCACAUCAUUUGCAAUAUUUCAAUAUAUUACAUUGUAAUUAUGUCCAUGAUUUUUUUGGGAGCUUAAAAAUUUUUAAAAGUGAUAUUUGGUGCACAAAUCAUUUUUUAAUUGUAUUACAAAUUUUAUACAAUCAUUCAGUGUGUGUCUAAAAUCAUUCCUAAGUAUCCUGUGUCGACAUCAAACUUGUUUGUGAUGAAUAUUAAAGGCUGUGAAUACCCCCCCAGAUCAAUAUAUGUGUAUUUUAUUUAAGUUGGAAAUAUAUAGAUAAAAAAAGGACAUUUAGCAACGAUAUAAAGUACCAUACAGGUGAAGUUUGAACUUUUCAGCUUUCGAUAAAAGUUUUUUGCUACAACUUGUAGGUAUAUUGUUACUACCUAUCAAUUUUUUUGUUUUUAUGUUGUAUGCAGCUUUUUAGUUGUUCAUAAUUUAAUCGAUUAAAUUAUCAAAGUUCAUUCGAAAACUUUUUUUCUUAGAUAAUUUCAUUUUGUAAAAAUAUAUUCAAAACUCCUCGUCUACUUAGAAACCUGUUUCAAGCCAUCGAAAUCCUGGUUCCUAUUAAACGAACCCUUUUAGUCCUUCCAUCAGUCCUACAACCCUCGAUCAACCUCUAUGAUGAAUAGGAUCGUAGAUGAGAAGAAUGAGGGAUCUUAAACUGACUGGAAUUGAAGUUUAUCAUGUUUUCUGGUUACUAAUUGAGUGAUUCCGGAAAAUGCAGAUUCUCUAUUACUAUAAUGGUUGCAAAAACAAUUUUUUUCAUCAAUAAAUUCGUUUUAAAAUGGAAGAAAUGAUUGUACAGUUGUUAAUUAUGAGUCUAUCCUAGUGACUAGAAGCUUUUCAUCCCCUUAGAAACAUGUUUCAAGUCAUCAUAAUCCUGGAUCCUAUUAAAUGAACCCUUUUAGUCCUUCGAUCAGUCCUACAACCCUCAAUUAAUCUGUACGAUAAAUAGGAUCGUAAAUAAGAAGAAUAAGGCAUCUUAAACUGACUGGAAUUGAAGAUUAUCACGUUUUAUACAGUCAAAUGCUUUUAGAUAAUCGAUGAAUAAAUUUUUUCACAUCCCCGGUAUCUACGAAUAUUUUACAUUCUCCAUAAUCACCGUUUUAAUCGAUUAAAUUUAUAGGUUUAAAUAUUUAUAAUUGUGUACACACGCCUCAUAUUAUUUAAUUUAUUUUUUUGGCAUUUUUAGAAUGUCAUUUACAUGUAUGUUAAAUUAGAUCUAUUUAAAUCGCCCCCGUAUUUAAUCUGCAAUUCAAUUAUUUAGUUUUUCAUUGAAAAUUUUUAGUUUUUAUUAAAUAUAUUCGUUACAAUAAAAAUAAAAUAAUAUAUUUUUGUAAAUAAAAUUUUUUCUAAUCGUUAUUAUACGAGGGUGUCAAGAUAAAUUACUUAUCGUUCCUACUUUCCUUUAAAUCGAUUAUUAUACGAGGGAGUCAAGAUAAAUAAUAUGCCGUUCUUAAUUUUCCUAUGGUGAAAGCGUUUAUGGUAAAACUAAGAAUUUUCAUGCGAUUGUUCGAAGGACCGUUGCAAAUUUUCUUGUAGAAUUUCGGGGAAAAAGGAAAAAAACGUUUCCAUCCAUUUUUAAAUUGAUUAUAUCGAAAAACCAGUGAUAGAAUCGAGGGAAUUCUCUAUUUCGACUUUAGUUUAUGUAAAUUUAGACAUUAGGUAAUUGUGUAAUUUCUUUCUGGACGAUAAUAAAGAAAACUUCAAGUUUCCUUUUUUUUUCUUCUAUUAAUUAAAAGAAAAACCUCGAAAUGUUAACUGUUUCAAGUUGAUUUGUAAUAGAUUAUUUAACAUUAUUGAAAUAAAGCUUAUUAUGAAUUUUU